UUUAAUUUUCCGAUUACAUAGCAAAUAGCAUAAGCAUAACACUCGGCUAUUUUAUUUUUUUCUUAAUUAUUUUUCGUCGCCGUUUCUCUCUGUUAUUUUUUUCCCUCAAAUCCACAGCUCUCAAAUUCCCAUUCGGCUUCAAUCGUUCUAGGGUUAGGGUUUCGAUCCCCUUUCUCCUUCGAUUCGAUCUGCGCAUUCAGUUAAGGAGUGUGGGACCUGAUUCCCCUCCCGUGCUUUGUACGGAGGACGCCAUGGGAGGUGACGCUGCCGCUGAGGGUGCCACGACGGAGCCCAACGCCGCUGGAGGAGUCAACAUCAACAUUCGCUGUUCCAAUGGUUCCAAGUUUUCUGUUCAGAUUAGCCUCGAUUCGACCGUCAGAUCCUUCAAGGAUGUUGUAGCUCGCAACUGCGACAUCCCCGCCGAUCAACAGCGUCUGAUUUACAAGGGUCGGAUCCUAAAGGACGAUCAAACUCUCCAAAGCUAUGGUCUGGAGGCAGAUCAUACUGUCCAUUUGGUUCGUGGCUUUGCACCUGCCAAUACACCUGGUGGGACUAAUAGUGGCUCAGCCAAUACCACAACAACUAAUACGGGAGGUGCUGGUGCUAAUGAGAGUGGUGGGGGUUUAGGAGGGCCUGGAUUUGGAGCUUCACUGUUCCCAGGAUUGGGUAUCAAUGGAAUGGGGGGCAAUGGCCUCAACAGCUUAUUUGGAGCCAGCUUCCCUGACCUUGAACAGAUGCAGCAACCAUUUUUGUCAAAUCCAAAUUUAGUGAGAGAAAUAAUGAACACGCCUGCUAUGCAGAAUUUGAUAAAUAAUCCUGAGAUAGUGCGGAAUCUUAUAAUGAAUAACCCACAGAUGCAAGAGCUCAUGGAUAGAAACCCUGAGCUGGCACACAUACUUAACGAUCCGAGCACUCUUCGCCAGACACUUGAAGCUACUAGGAAUCCUGAGAUCAUGCGUGAAAUGAUGAGGAAUACAGACAGAGCAAUGAGCAACAUUGAAUCUUCUCCUGAGGGAUUCAACAUGCUGAGGCGCAUGUAUGAAAAUGUUCAAGAACCAUUUUUAAAUGCCACUACAAUGGCUGGUAACACAGGCAAUGAUAGUGCAGCAAUCAGGAACCAAUCAACUAAUCCCUCAACUACUAGUUCUGAAGCAACUUCCCCUGUACCCAAUACUAACCCACUUCCAAAUCCUUGGUCCUCUACUGGCACUGGAGGUGCACAAAAUAACACCAGAAGGCCAGCUACUGGUGGCGAUGCUCGACAGCAGGCUCCAACUGGCUUAGGGGGGCUUGGUCUGCCAGAUCUUGAGGGCAUGAUGGGUGGUAUGCCAGAUGCUGCUUUAUUGACCCAGUUAAUGCAAAAUCCAGCUAUUUCACAAAUGAUGCAAAGUAUGCUUUCCAAUCCACAGACUAUGAAUCAGAUUCUUGGUGCCAAUGCUGAGCAACGUGGCAUGCCUGAUUUAAAUUCUCUAAGGGAAGUGAUGCAAAACCCUGAGUUCCUUCGCUUGUUUUCCUCCCCUGAGACACUGCAGCAACUAUUGUCUUUCCAACAAGCCCUUCUGUCUCAGCUUGGUCAGCAACAGUCAACACAGGAACCGGGUCAAACUGGUGGAGGCACUGGACCGUUGAACAACUUGGGGCUGGAAAUGUUAUCAAGCAUGUUUGGUGGUCUUGGAGCUGGUAGCCUGGCUGUUCCGAAUAGAUCAAAUGAGCCACCGGAGCAGUUGUAUGCCACCCAACUUUCUCAGCUUCAAGAGAUGGGGUUCUUUGACACACAAGAAAACAUAAGGGCUCUUAUUGCUACAUCAGGAAAUGUUCAUGCAGCAGUUGAGCGGCUUUUGGGGAACUCCGGGCAGUAGCACAGGUGGUAAAAGAACACGGGACUAGCAAUUAAAUCUCAAACGCUAGAAUCUGGUGUGAGAUAUUUUAUCCAUUUAGCUUCGAUUUUCGUCAUGGGAAUUAUGUUUAAAAAAUCUAUUGAAUUUUUUUACAUGAUAUCCAUAAUUUAGUAUUACAUCAAUACUCCAGUGUCCAAUGAUUAACUAUACAUUUAGCUACAAGAAGUUCAAGGGCCUUUUGUACCAUAUACGUGUAAUUCUAACUUGCCCGUUUGCAAGGAUUGGCUUCAUACAUACAUUCAAAAGAAGGGGGUUUAUAUUGGAAUAUGAAUUUAAACUUAUAAUUG